UUUUGGCUCAAGCUGGUCAGGCCUUGUUCGCGACCAUCGUGAGCGAUCGUGCGCGCAGAGAGCCGUCACCCCCGACACCUCCCGCCAUGGCGAAGGCCAGAUUCCUGCUGUUGGUCGCCGCCUCCCUCCUGGGUGUGGGCGCCUCGGCGCCGCAGGGGCGCCUCGCUUGGGGGGGGAAGGCCCACCGGCGGCUGUCGGGUGACGACGGGCCCCCCGUCACGGACGAAUGCUUGGGCGUGUGCCCAGGACUCUCAGAUAUGGUGGCUGCGUAUAACGCGUUUGCAGAGCCUGAGAGUGAAUACCAGGCGCAGGAGAUGAUCAUGGACCUCUACUGUGACCACGAGAGUGCAGUUCAGUGCUUCGUAGACGAGCUGUCCACGUGCAGCAACUCCUCGGGAGCAGAAGGCUUCAUCAUGAUGGCCUCCAAGCUGAAGUGCAUCUGUGACACGUGCCCUGGCGGCAAGACUGCGUGGGCCAAGCUUAUGUACAGCAUGGAGUCCAGUGACGAGGACAGCGGAUCUGGGAUGGUGGGCACGACCACUUUGGCAGAUGGCACUGGCACAACCGGGGCCGACGAUGGCAAUUUCGACAAAGAGUCACUGUGCCCCUUUUACACUUUCGUCCUCUGCGCCGACGAGUAUGCGACGGAUUGCGGCGCCAUUCUCGAGGAGAUGAACGUCAGUUUCUCAGGGGACGCGGUCGCCAUGCUCGAAUCGGAGUGCACGGGCGAUUACGCCCCUGGAGCGGACGACGACGACGACGACGACGACAACACGGGGGACGUUGUCGGAAGUUGUGGCCCGUUCGGCCUGGGAUGGAUCGCCGCGUCGCUGGCCCCAGUGAUGGCGGCGCUUGAGUGCGUGGCGGCCUGAGCCUGAUGCUACCUCCCCAGACCCCCUCGCGUCGUGAAAAUAUCACGGACGGAGUGUUCUUCUCUAGUUGCUGGUUUCGUGCCGCGCUCGGCCCGACCCGGGGCGGCGUGGGAGCAGGAAGACUUCCUCCUGCGCCGCCGACCGUGGUCCAGGCGCUGUCCCUUUCCAAGCAUGCGGCCGCUCGCCCUGAGGAGGGGUUCGGUCGGGCAGGCGCCACUUUGGCUGCGUUUCGGGUCGGUUGCGAGGGCGCUGGCCCGGCACGGGAUACCGCGGGACAGAAGGUAUUCGCUGCGCGAAGCUCCCCGUAUGUGCAUCUAUUGGCAUUGACCUGUCCGCCGUGAGUGUCUAGUCGCAAGAGCUUUCGGAUGUAAGCGGGCUUGAGUAUUGGCGGUCCGGGAGUGAAU